GUUGCAGGACUGUUCCAUGAGCUAUGUUCCUGAAACGAAAAUGCCGCAAGAGAAACCAGAGCAGACAAUCGUUGUGAUGACCAGGCGGCAGCGGCUGCUUGAGACGCUGGUCAUCUUUCGGCGCAGUCUCAUUUACCAGACGAAGGAGUUCUUCCAAAACUCUACACUGCAUGGCGUGCGUUAUAUUGCGGAGACGGGUCGACCCAUUGGCGAGAAGUUCAUGUGGUUCUGUUUCACCUCAAUUGGUGCGGUGACCGCCCUGGUCAUCAUCAUGAGCCUGUGGGAGAAAUUCCAAACGAAUCCAACAAUUACCGGCCUGGACACGGACUUUCACAAUCAGAACGUUGUCUUUCCCACCACGGUGGUCUGUCCAGAGGCGGCCUUUGAUCAUGAGACAUCCUACAAUGAGGUCUACAAGUCCCUGGCGAACUAUGAUGCGGAUAAGGCGCAGCUGUUUACCCCCUUUCUGGAUCUGCUUACGUCGCUUAACUUUGAUAAUAUCCGGGAUGCCGAAAUGCUGGCGGAGGCAAUACCAGCCGAGCUGCUCUCGGAGCGCAGCAUACGGGAUUGGGCCUUCCGGGCGCAUAUCCCAUGCGAGAGUACGCUUAUCUCGUGCAAGUAUCGUGACGAGGAUAUUGUCUGCUGCGAUCACUUUCAGCCGAUUUACACGGAACAUGGAUUUUGUUACGCCUUCAACAGUCGCUUCAUGUCCACGGCAACCGAGGACUCUAAGACGGGUGCACCUCACGAUCUCUAUGAAACGGACAAGAAAUGGGCUCUCUUCUUUCUGCCCAACAGCACCUCCCGGAUAUUUAUCUUCUCGAACGAAGAGUACUUUGGCUCGGAUUUCAAUGCCCAAAUCGACUGGACCGAGGGUCAACUGGUCGAGGUGCGCAUCUCCAAGAAGAACACCUACACCACAGAUGAUGCACGCCAGCUCUCAAUUGGCCAGCGCAAGUGCAUCUUCAGCGAUGAGGUCAAGCUGAACUAUUUCCCAGAUGCCUAUACCUUCUCAUCCUGCAUGAAGCAGUGCCGCAUGAACAAGGCCAUCAAGCUAUGCAAGUGCAAUCCGCCCUUCUACAAGCCCAUAACUAAUGUGCCCAUGUGCGCGGUCAAGGACUUCGUCUGCCUCAACGAAUACAGGCUGAACAUAACCAACAUCAAGGACUGCCUUCAGUGCGAGCUGAGCUGUUCGAAGACCGUCUUUAACAUAGACAAGCUCAUAAAAGUAUUGGAUCGCCCGGACGCUCCUGGCGUGCUGGUGGAAUUCCUUACAUGGCCCAUCAUACGCUACAAACGCGAGGUGCUCUUUGGCUGGGUGGAUCUGCUUGUGUCCUUUGGCGGCAUUGCCAGUUUGUUUCUGGGCUUCUCGCUGCUCUCCGGCGUGGAGAUCAUAUACUAUUUUACGCUGCGCGCCUGCUGCAUGGUCUACAAGAAUCGGCAAGAGCUGUACGAGAUUGAGCAGCGCAUUCGUCACGAGCCGCCACCGGCCAUUGAUCUACAGCUGAAGCUCAAGUCGCACGCCAAGCCCAUGAAUGGCUCGCCCUCCUCGGCCGUGCUCCAGGUGCAACCGGCAGAUACGCAAAAGUUGGAUCUGUAUCAUUUGUCGCGCCAGCGAAAGAACGAGAAAGACUACUUGAACUACUCAAAAAGCUUGUAUCGCACCCCGAAAGUUCUGCCCGACCAUGGCUAUGGAAGCAAGAAGGAUAAUUGGCAAUAUGAUCAUGGACAAUAUUUACCCUGAAACUGAAACAGAACCGAAUGACGACCCCACGAUAACAUUGAUUAAACGACAAUUGAAUUGAAGAGCAAACGAUAUUACGAUAUCCAAAAAUCCAAUACAAAAAUAUUUUCCAAACUCAAUAUAACAUACAUAUAUAUAUUUGAUGUAAGCGCGUUAAUGCACUACCCAAAAUGCUUUCGAUUUAAAAAACUGUUUACCAAAUACCAAUGUACAAGCCGCUACAUGAAUUGAUUUACAAUACAUAUUUAAAUGGGUUCUAUAUA